AGCGGCUCCGCAGGAAAUGACAUCUCAAGUCCCCUCGUAUCGCGCCCUAUGUGCACGGGUAUGGGUGCCGUGUAGGGUAAGGAACUAUGGCGUCACUCCUCGGACGCGCAACACUGGUUGCGGCAUUCCUUUCGUUUAUUGCGGGAUCUUCGGCGAGGGGCCAGGAGCAAUGCAAUGCAACAGAUCGCCUCGGAGCCUUGCACAUAGGAUGUUCGCCAGAUGCCAGAGCAUCUGUAACGCCUAUCCCGAGCAUACUCAGUCAACCGACGGAAGGCGCUGAUAGCGGUACCAUCAUCAACGAUACGACCGGAUCCCAAAUGCACCUCAGUAGACCUAUAUCAAGCGAUGAGUCUGCCUACCCUACGGCUAACCCUUUAGUCGAGAGUGGGGUUGCGAAUAUCUCAGAGCCCGAAGAACUCCCAGACGACGGUCCUCCUAAUAUAUUCUUUCGCCCAAGAAUCGAGCUUUCCGAAACAGACUGGGCACAAGGGAAUGAGAUGCAGGAAACCCCUUCUCGAAGACCGACGCCAACAAAGCCCCCGACCGUGACCAAUCCCGCAACUGUGACAAUUGGCGAUAAUGUCCUUACGCCUGUGCCGGUACCUGCCAUUGUGAUCGGCGACAAGACGCUCACCCCUGGUGGGAGGACUGUAACGAUUGGGGAUAAGCCAAGCAGGACCGUGAUUCAUCUGGAUCCAAGUGGACGGCCUGUUGUCGUGAUUGGAGGCUCAACAUCCACGCAUCAGGGCAUCAUAUCCGGCGGUGACAGCCCGGCGACCCGGGUUAUCCCACCUCUCACUGUUGGGGAUGUGACCGCAACCAUAAUAACGGACUACCAAUAUGUAGUUGGCGGUUCAACACUUACUGUGGGACAGUCCAUCACGGUCGGAAAUCAGAUCCUAUCUCUUAGCAAGGACCCCGCCGGCGGCAUUAUUUUUGUAGAAAGCGGAGCCACAACCGCGCUCACCCACGGAGGGCUUCUCGACGGGCUUCCAAUCUUCACUACUGUUGUCUCGGGCACCGUCCUCUAUGUUGUCGGCUCUCAAACACUCGGCCCCGGUAGUCCCAUCACCCUGAAUGGCACGCCGGUUUCCCUCACAUCUUCCUCUGGCUCAACAUUUGGUCUUGUUGGUGGAACAACGACGCCAAUUCGUGGCCCAACUAUAACGCCUCCCGUUAUGCCAGCUGGGGAUCUUCAAGUGGUGUCAAGCCCUACCAGCGCGAAAUCGGGCGCUACUUUUGGAGGUCGAUCUCCGCUGCUCAGUGUCCGAGGGAUCGUCGCAUUUGUGGUCAUGAUAGGAAUGGGUUGAAGCUGCAUCGCAGGCACUUCCAGCGCUGAAAGACUAUCCCUCAGAUGGACUGCCAUCUGGGCUUUUCUCUGCCGAUUCUCAUGAUACUGUGCAAGAUACAGCGGA